AUGGACACCGUGGCACUUUGGUUUCUGGAUGAAGGAUGCGCUCUGGAGAUUGGUCAUCAAAGGGAAUCUGGCAAAGGCUUGUUGUCAACAGCCAGCACUGCUCGCUUCGCGCUGACUGCGGCAUGUUCUGACCUGGCAUGCGAGACCUCGAGCAGGCUUCACCUCCGUGUCGCCAAGAGCCAGGACUCUUCGGAGAUGCUCUCAGUGAUCGCCUUGCAGCGCUUGACGAAUUUCUCCUGCCAGGUUUCGGUGUGCCUGUUGGCGCCAUGCCUCCAUCAGGGUCACUUUGAAGCGACAUGGUGGCUGAAUGGACAAUGCCCACCCCGCGUGCAGAAUGAAACUAUGAAUAGGCCGGUCGGAAGACUUAUGCCCUUGUCCUGCAGCAGCUUGACAACGAGGGCCAAGGUGCAAGCGAGCCUCAGAUUCAAAGCUUCAACGCACCACCCAGGCCCACGAUCCGAGUCGAUGACACCAUGCUUCACGUGCCAAUGGCUCGGGCUCAUCAUGAAGACUUUUGGCAUCAGAAGCAAGAGGAAUGCUUGGAGACUCGGCAAUCUCGAUAACACCAUCAGGAUCGUGCUCUUCAUUUUCCUCCUCGCCAGCCUCAAGCGAAGAGGGGAUGAACUACAACAGGCUGCCAAAUGGCAGCAAUCAGGUGUUUUGUACACCUCACUGAGCUAG